GAAGCAAAGGAAAAAGAGCAAAUGCCUGUAUCUGCAAGACAGGAAGAAAAGCAUCUCAUUGAAAGAUUGUUGAACUGUUUUUCUGAAAAGAAAUCUGAUGCACCAACCCAUAAGGUAAAAGUUUUUGGUCCGUUCAGUCCUUAUCAGCUGAAAUGCUACAGUCUGACCAGAAUAUCCCAAUUCAGAAAUGUUUUCAUAAGUAAGGAGAGCAUAAACUCCAUUGUUGUCCAUGAUGGUGUAGAAGAUCCCUUUCAGCAGCUCUUGGUCGCCACUGAUGUGUCAGUAACUGCAGCUGGGUGUCUGAUUUUAGGAGAAACAUCUUUGAUGCCUCCUAUUCAUGGCCUGCUUGCACUCCUCAGUAUGCUCUUUGCUCCUGCAAUAGAACUCAG